AUGGGUCUUAUGUCAAGUAAAGAACAAUUAAUGAUAACAGCUAUUGAACAUCAGGAUAUAGAAGCAAUUAAAGUAAUUAUCAAAGAUUCAACAAUUGAACAAAUGAAUAUGAUAUGUAAAUUUGUUGUACCUAAAAGUGAGUAUCAAUAUACAAUACUUCAUUUAGCGACAUGGCAAGAUAAUCCUGAAUUAUUAUCAUUACUAUUAGAUUACACUGAUGAUUUAGAGAUACGUGAUGGCCUUGGCUGGACUCCAUUAAUGACAGCUAUUAAUCGUGAUAGUAAAGAAAAUGUUAAAAUUUUAUUAAAACGUGGUGCAAAAAUUGAUUGUGAUUUUGCUCAAGGCAUGGAUCUUAUUGCAAUAGCUAUGGCUUUUCAUGAUAUUGAACUCAUUGAAAUUCUUAUGAAUCAUGGAGCUCAAGUUACAUCUACAUCUGACAUGCCUGUUCAUGAUGAAAGUUCAAUGGGAUGUUAUCUAUUACAUUUUGCUGCUGAUGAUGGUGAAAUUGAUAUAGCUAAAUUAUUGAUUGAAAAAGGCCAAAUACCAAUUAAUACAUUAGAUCAAACAGGAUGGAGUCCUCUUCAUUUAGCUGCUGGACAUAAUUAUAUAGAUAUUGUAAAAUUACUUUUAGAAUAUGGUGCUGAUAUUAAUAUCAAAGAUUAUUAUGGCAAUACACCAUUAGCAUGGGCUAAAGAAAUGAAUGCUAAAGAAGCUAUCGAUGAACUUGAAGCACAUGGUGGUAUAGCAGAUACAGAAUGGCAUGGAGAUAAAUUGAAGUUAAAUGAUUAUCAAGAAAAAAUCGAAGAUGAUCAACAAAUGCAUGAAAUCGAAAAUUGUCAAUUUGAAAUAGAAGAAUCAAAAUCAAACAAGACUUUGAAAGAUAAAAGUCCACUUAUACUUGAUGCAUUACAACGUCAACGUUAA